CCGCCCGUACGAAGGCGCCGCCUGCUUACCCCCGGGACGCGGCCCCAUGGAGACGCCGCCGUCCGCGGCUGGCGCUUGGCGGGGACUUGUGACAGGUGCCUUUCUGCAGUCCGAGAUAUGAAUGGCCCCUGUGACACGGACAGGCUUAUCCAGGAAGCCAACUCCAGCAUGAGUUUGUGGGGUCCUGAGGACAGCUACAGCUGUCAGGGAACCCCCCAACUAGCCCAGGAACCUGCCACUGAAGAGGCCUUGGCUUCAGAGCUGCAAAUGAAGGUGGACUUCUUCCGGAAGCUGGGCUAUUCAUCCUCUGAGAUCCACGGAGUCCUACAGAAACUGGGGGCCCAUGCAGACACUAACACCGUGCUCGGGGAACUGGUGAAACAUGGCUCAGCCACGGAGCGGGAGCACCAAGUCCCACCAGACUCCUGCCCUCAGCCCCCUCUGGUGCCUCGGGGUGGGGGCACCCCUAAGGCUCCCGCCCUGGAGCCCAUACUCCCAGAAGAGGACAAAGAAGGCAGCCACCUGAGGCCUGUGGUCAUCGAUGGAAGCAAUGUGGCCAUGAGCCACGGGAACAAGGAGAUCUUCUCCUGCCGGGGCAUCCUGCUGGCUGUGAACUGGUUUCUAGAGCGGGGCCACACCGACAUCACAGUGUUUGUGCCAUCCUGGAGGAAGGAGCAGCCUCGGCCCGACGUGCCCAUCACAGACCAGCACAUCCUUCGGGAACUGGAGAAGAAGAAGAUCCUGGUGUUCACCCCAUCUCGGCGUGUGGGUGGCAAGCGGGUGGUGUGCUACGAUGACCGCUUCAUCGUGAAGCUGGCCUUUGAGUCUGACGGCGUUGUCGUCUCCAAUGACACCUACCGUGACCUCCAGAAUGAGAGGCAGGAGUGGAAGCGCUUCAUAGAGGAGCGGCUGCUCAUGUACUCCUUCGUCAACGACAAGUUCAUGCCCCCUGAUGACCCCCUUGGCAGGCAUGGGCCCAGCCUAGACAACUUCCUGCGUAAGAAGCCACUGCUUUCUGAGCACAAGCAGCAGCCUUGUCCCUAUGGGAGGAAGUGCACCUAUGGGAUCAAGUGCCGAUUCUUCCACCCAGAGCGGCCAAGCCGCCCCCAGCGCUCUGUGGCAGAUGAGCUCCGAGCCAACGCCCUCCUCUCACCCCCCCGGACCCCCGGCAAGGACAAAAGUAGCCAGCGGCCUUCACCUACCCCGAAGUCCACAUCCGUGCCACUAGACAGUGAGCACAACAGCCCGGAUGGGAAGAAGCUGGGGGUCCAGGCAUCCCCAGGGCCCCACCAGGAUGGCCUCACACCAGCCUUUGCCCCAGCAGGCAGGAGCCUUCCGCUUAGUGGUGGUGGUGGCAGCAGUUUCGGGCCCAGAGACUGGGUCCCCCAGACCCUGGACUCACUCCCAUACACCUCCCAGGACCGCCUGGAUUCUGGCAUUGGCUCCUUGGAGAGUCAGAUGUCAGAACUGUGGGGGAUGCGAGGAGGGGGUGCUGGAGAGCCAGGCCCUCCUCGAGGCCCUUACUCUGGCUACCGCUCCUAUGGAUCUGAGCACCCUGCUGCACCUGCCUUCCCUGCUUUUGGCCACUUUAGUGUCCCCGCUGACUAUGCGCCUCCCCCACCUGCCUUUGCACCCCGAGAGUACUGGUCUGAGCCAUACCCACUACCCCCACCAACCCCAGGCCUUCAGAAGCCCCAGAUACCCAGCACAGGGGCUGGCCGCACCCCUUGGAGCAGGGCAGGCAGCCUGGCGAAGGAGCGGGCUGGUGUGUACACCAAGUUGUGUGGCGUCUUCCCCCCACACCUGGUGGAGGCUGUGAUGGCGCGUUUCCCACAGCUCCUGGACCCCCAGCAGCUGGCCGCCAAGAUCCUCUCCUGUAAGCACCUCAGUGAGUAAGCCAGUGUGUGGCCCAUGGCCCACAGGCAUGGCAGGGAGGAGUAGGGGAGGGAAAGGAACCCCAAACCAAAGAUACUGUAGGAUUGUUUCUGGCCCCCAUGGCACCUCUAGCUGUGUGGGUCAUAAGCGAUUACCCUGUUGAUACACAUUGUAUCUCUGUCAUUUAGGCUCUCGGUCUGGGGCUGAGGCCCAAACCCUCUUUUCUCAGUGGGUGAGGAGGAAGGCCUUGGGGAGCAGAGGCCCGAGCAGGGUCCUAUGCUCAGCCCCUUCCCUGCUCCACCUCACCCCUGGGAUGCCGGUGUGGCCGGCUAGUUGGGCACUGUGUGCCCUCCCUCCAGGAACCCUCCUCAGAAGCCAAUGCAGCCUCACCCUGCUCUCGCAGGCCAUGAGGCUUCAUGUUAGUAAGCAAGAUGCUCCUUAAUAACCCACCUCCACUCCCUCCGCUCACCCAUCCCAUCGCCAGGGUCCAGGGCCCCCUGUCCCAUUCUCUCUUGCCCUUCCCCAAAGAUGGGGGGAUGACAUGUAUGCUGUGUACAGACAUAAGUUUAAAAUAUUUUAUGUGAAAACUCCGUAUCUCUAUAAGGCAUCAAUAAAGAA